AUGACCAGAGCAUAUGACAAUUGGGGGAGACUAGUCGAAGCCACAUUGAGGAGAGAAGAGCUCCGGCAGAAUGGUUCGACGAACCAAAGAGGCACUGCCACGGGCCCUAUUCCUACAGGUGAAAGUCCUCCGCCUCCUGGAGUGUCCUUGAAUUUUUCAAGUCUAGGAGAUUUGUUUAUAUAUCUCCAAGCCACGGCUGAAUUUAGCGAUGCAAAUCUAAUCAAGCAUGGCCAUUAUGCGGAUUAUGCUUUCUGGAUAAAUAUGCAGCCUGAUCAGAGAAAAAAGGGGUCUGUGGAUGUAGAUUUCUUCACACAAUAUGGUGAAGGAAGCAGAUAUAGAAUUGAGGAAGUGAUUGGUAAAGGUAGUUAUGGUGUUGUCUGCUCUGCAUAUGACACUCAUCUUGGGGAAAAAGUUGCAAUUAAAAAGAUUAAUGACAUCUUUGAGCACGUCUCUGAUGCAACACGUAUACUUCGGGAGAUUAAACUUCUUAGGCUUCUUCGUCAUCCAGACAUUGUGGAAAUCAAGCAUAUUUUACUGCCUCCUUCUAGAAGGGAAUUCAAGGAUAUAUACGUAGUUUUCGAACUAAUGGAAUCUGAUCUCCACCAGGUCAUUAAAGCAAAUGAUGAUUUGACCCCUGAACAUUACCAAUUCUUUCUUUAUCAGCUUCUUCGAGGCAUGAAGUACAUACACACAGCAAAUGUUUUUCACCGUGAUUUGAAGCCGAAAAACAUUUUAGCAAAUGCUGACUGCAAACUAAAGAUCUGUGACUUUGGCUUGGCAAGAGUAGCCUUUAAUGACACUCCUACCGCUAUAUUUUGGACAGACUAUGUUGCAACGAGAUGGUAUCGGGCUCCUGAAUUGUGUGGAUCAUUUUUCUCAAAGUAUACACCUGCAAUUGAUAUAUGGAGCAUUGGUUGCAUAUUUGCUGAACUUUUGACAGGCAAACCUCUUUUUCCGGGAAAAAAUGUGGUUCAUCAAUUAGAUCUCAUGACUGAUCUGUUGGGUACACCACCACCAGAAACCAUUGCAAGGAUAAGGAAUGAAAAAGCCCGGAGAUACUUAAGCAGCUUGCGAAAGAAGAAGCCCAUUCCUUUCUCUCAUAAGUUUCCAAAUGCUGACCCCCUUGCUUUACGCUUAUUAGAAAGGAUGCUUGCCUUUGAUCCUAAGGACCGACCUUCUGCAGAAGAGGCUCUUGCAGAUCCAUACUUCAGGAACCUGGCCAAAGUUGAGAGAGAACCUUCUGCACAACCAGUGACAAAAAUGGAAUUUGAGUUUGAAAGACGAAGGAUAACCAAGGACGAUGUGAGAGAGUUAAUAUACCGAGAGAUUCUUGAAUAUCACCCUAAAAUGUUGAAAGAAUUCUUAGAGGGAGCUGAACCUACAGGCUUCAUGUAUCCAAGUGCUGUCGACAAAUUUAAGAAACAAUUUGCGUCUCUGGAAGAGCACUACGGAAAUGGGACUACUGCUCCACCUGAGAGGCAGCAUUCAUCAUCUUUGCCCAGGCCAUGUGUAUUACAUUCGGAUAAUUUGACACAGAAUUCUGCUGAUAUCACAAAUGAUCUAUCCAAAUGUUCCAUUAAAGAAAAUGAGAAGCCACAAGUGGACCGGAUGUCUGGACUUCCAAGGUUUCCUCCCCAAGUUCCUCAAAACAUCCCAGCAGGGGGUGUGGCAAGGCCUGGGAAGGUCAUUGGCUCUGUUUUACAUUACAACAAUAGUGCAGCAGCCAUAGCAGAGGCCAAUGAACAUCGAAAAAUGGUUAGGAAUCCAGCAAUACCAGCACAGUAUAUUGUUCCCGGCUCAUCUUACCCAAGAAAGUACUCGGGCUGUAAGAAUGAAAGGGGAGAUGGUACUGAAGGAUCCAAUGGGGUCCAGCAGAAACAAGACAUGUACAUGGCUAGGAAAGUAGCAGCUGCUCAAGGGGGGUCAGGAAGUCAGUGGUAUUAA